CUGAGCGUCGAUCGCGCGUCUAUGUAGUGCUUAAGCUGUUAUGUGUCACACACAACACGUAAUCAUAAACACAUACAAGUAAAUAUAUAUUAUAAAGUCUUAAGGGCUUGUGAUUAAAUGAUAUGUAAUAAAUAAUAUUUCUAUUUAUUAGGAAUUUAAUUGUCUGAUCUCGAAUAUUUUGUUUAUGAGAUUCUUAAGAUAGACUUAAACGCAUCACAAAAUGGUCGGAAAUGAAACUUAUAAGUCUAACGGCGACAUUCACACGGAAAUAGGUCAAGACUUGAAAGACAUUAACAAAAUAAACUCGAUUAAGUUAAAAAAUAAUAAAGAAAUAGUACCGCAUUAUACUAAGGACGACUCGCCACCCGCGGAGCGUGUUAAAUUUGAAGGACUAGAUGAUAUCGAUAGCAUUUUUUCAGAAGAUAAUGAUAAAUUGCCAUCUAUCCCUGAUGGAGGAUGGGGGUGGGUAGUUGUCUUCGCUGCAUUUCUAACCUCUGCUUGUGCAGACGGCUUGGCAUACUCCUUCGGUAUUUUACACGAAGAAUUCACAAACUAUUUCAAUGAAUCACAAUCAAAGACUUCCUUGAUUGGCAGCUUGUUUAUAUCGAUACCUUUAAUAUCUGGACCGGUAAUGAGUGCCCUAGUCGAUAGGUACGGCUGCAGAAUCAUGACAAUGAUUGCCGCUCUGCUUUCAACUGUCGGAUUCUUACUAGCCGCUUUAAGUAAUUCCGUAGAAAUGUUGUGUUUAACGCUUGGUAUUAUGAGUGGUUUGGCGAUGGGAAUAUUUUAUGUUACGUCAGUAGUUGCGGUCGCAUUUUGGUUCGAUAAGAGAAGAACCCUCGCAGUGUCUAUAGCUUCAUGUGGCAUAGGAUUUGGAACCUUAAUAUAUUCACCGUUAACAGACUUUUUUAUUCAACUAUAUGAUUGGAGAAAUACUAUUGUACUAUUAGCUGGUACAAUUUUGAAUGUGUGUGUCUGCGGUGCUCUGAUGAGAGAUCCAGAUUGGGUAAUAAUCAAAGAAAAAAGAGAGAAGAAACAAGCUAAAACGAGGUCACGUAAAUCUUCAAGCGCUGGCUCUAUAUCUUUGAAAUCAAUUGGCGCUGAGUCCUUGUAUUUAAGUGCAGAUGAACUUAAUACCUUACUCAAAAGUGGAAAAAGUCCAGAAUAUAUUUUAGCUACAUUAACGACAACAUUAGCCGCGGCUGAGCAGCUGGAAGCGACGACACAAAUGAACGCGGAACAGUCAUAUAAAAGAGUACAUUCGGACAUACAUUUGCCAACGUUUAUCCAAACGGGUGACCAGGUUCCAGUUGAAGUGAUAGAAAAACUAAUGACCAACAAACGUUUAUACAACAUAAUUCUACAAAAUUAUCCGGACCUACUGACAAGAAGACGAUCGGAGGUAAAUUUUAAUGUGGGACCUACAAUUGCGAAUACACUAACGGAACCAACUAAAAUGAAAUUAACGGUGAUGGCUAAAAAACCUAAAGUUGCAACAGAAACCGAACAUGCUAAAAAAUCUGAUGAAGUGAAAGAUGAAAAUAAUCAUGAAAUAACGAAGAACGUACCUACAGUUAUUAAUACAAGCGAUUCUAAAGUAAAACAAGAUAAGCCUAUACCGAACAACCCUAUCCAGCCUAUACAGCAGUCGAGUUGGCUAACGAGACAAAUUAACAUAGAUCAUCAUUAUUUAAGGGACAUGCCAUUAUAUAAAAAUACGAUCAUGUAUCGUGGAGCGAUGAUGAAUAUACCAAGAUACAAGCUGCGUGCUUCCUCGUUACCUGAUAUUUACAGGAAUUCAACUUGGUCAAUGUGGUCAGGUUCUGAUAAUAAUAAGAGAUGGUAUGAUAAACUCAUCGACGGGUUCAAAAGCACCUUCGAUUUCAAGAUGUUCACCGAAUUUCAUUUCCUGAUUUUCAACUUGGCGUCCCUCAUCCUCGCGGUGUGGGCGAUCAUUCCUUACUUCUUCCUAAAGUCCUACAUGACAACUAUGAAUAUAGAUGGCGGAGCGACGAUGAUCAGCAUCAUUGGUAUCGCGAGUGGGAUUGGUAUUGUUGCUUUGGGUUGGGCUGGUGACCAACCUUGGUUGGAUGUGACAAAAGCAUUCGCGGUAUGCCUUUUCAUCUGUGGCAUAUCUAUUGGCGCGUAUCCGCUCUUCAUAACCAACUACUGGGCUCUUGCCGUCAUAUCAACAAUAUUCGGCCUCUCUUACGCCAGCUCGUAUUCUUACACGCCAGCCAUUUUGAUAAAAUUGGUACCAAUUGACUAUUUCACACUUGGUUACGGACUCAUCUUGCUGAGUCAAGGCCUCGGACAUCUCAUUGGGCCUCCUCUUGGGGGUCUUCUUUUUGAUUUGACAAAUAGCUGGGAUAUUACUUUCUACGUUGGCGGUGUGUGGGUUAUUAUUGCGGGCGUGUGUGUUGGCAUAAUUCCCUAUACGGAAAACAUGCGUCUCUGUGGUUCGGCGCCAUUGCUUAAUGACGCUGAUGAAGCCCAGAGCAAAAAUUCUGUGAAUGUGUAAUCAAAGUUGUGAUAUAAAAAAUAUAUAAAUAUUUAUAAGA